AUGGGUCAUUGUGUAGCUAUAACAUUCGCUUUAUUAUUUCUUUUAAUUGUGUUGGGUAGUUAUGUUACUGUUGAUAAUCAAGAAAUUCCUGAACAUGAUUUUUCGAAAUUUACUGGAUAUCCAACAUGGCAUCCUCCAAUUGAUGGAAUGAAUGGUAAAGGCAAUGAUGAACAAUCCGCUACAACAAUUCUUUUCUCAGCUGUUAUGAUGAUUAUAUCUGGAUAUUUAAUUAUGAAAUGGACUUCCCGUAGUCAGAAUAAUUAUAAUAAAAGAAAAAUGACAUUUUUUAUAUUAAAUGACGAUAAAACAGUUCCUACUUUUGGAUUUGAUGCACUUUUAGGUGUUUAUAGUUUAGUUACAGCAUUAACGGGUAUAAUGUUUCUUUGGGUAGAUGUAGGAAAAAUAUGGGCACCAUUUGGAGCAUUGCAUAACGCAGUAGAACUUGUUAUAUUAGUUAACAUGCAUUAUGGAGGAAGAAUUAUUUCAAAUACAUUUUUGGGAAUUUUAUCACUUUAUAUUAUGCUUAAUACUGGAUUAAGUAUUUUCUUAACUUGGCCUUAUGAUGCAUUAUGGUUUAAAACGCAAGGUCUUUGUUUGGAUUGGUCACUUGUAAUUCAAUUCACACGAACAUAUUUAAACACGAAAAAACAUAUCAAGAAUGAUGCUGCGUCAGUAUUUCAUAUAUUUGGUAAUAUCGUGAGUACUAUAUGGAUUUACGAUGCAAGUUCUUUUACCUACGCAAUUUCAUUUCCUGUCUACGCAUAUUUUGUAUAUUUGGAUACUCAAGCAAUUACAGUUCUUCCACGAAAAGUUAUCCAUUUACCUGAUACCAAUCAUUGGAAAGUUGCAGUGGUAACAAUUCUUUCACUCACACUUGCUUUCUUAACUACUAGAUUAGGUUUACCCAGUAUAGAAGAAGGAUAUUUUAAUAGCUCAGUGGUAUUAACAGAAGAAACACUAUGUGAAGAUAAAUUGGAAGAUAAAUUUUGUGAAUAUAGUGAUUGGGGAAAGCUUGGACUUGGUGGUCUAUAUGGUGAUGGAGGAGUAAGUGGUGGUGAUGAUUCAAAAACUUCUAAUUGA